UCCGUAUAUAAGCAACUUGCAGGCACUCGGACAGUAUUUGCAACAUGGCGGCUCUAGUGCUAUUGUCGAUGCUGGCGCUGUGCGCGUGCGCCGCGAGCGCUCAGUUCGCGGACGAGCGCGCACCGCGCUACAUCGCCUCCGAGCCCAAACAGACCUCCACGCCCGUGCCUAUCCUGAAGCAGAUCAACAGGCACAAUGAGGACGGGUCGUACACAUACGGGUACGAAGCCGCCGACGGCUCCUUCAAGAUCGAGACCAAAGCCCAAAACGGUGAGGUCAAGGGCAAAUACGGAUAUAAGGAUGACACUGGCAAGCUGCGCGUGAUCGAGUACGGCGCAAACAAGUAUGGAUUCCAGCCCUCGGGAGAGGGCAUCACCGUGGCGCCACCCACACUUGUUGAUGAGUCUACUCGUGAUCGACCACCGAAAUCACAGGGCGGCCGCGCUCCCGCGCAGUCUGUAGACUACGAUUACGAAGAGCCCGUGCCCGCCCCGCGGCCCGCACCGCGCCCCGAGCCGCGCCCCCAGCCCGCCUACCGCGCGCCCCAGCAGCAGCAGUACAGACCAGAGCCGCCUCAGCAGCAGUACAGACCAGAGCCGCCUCAGCAGCAGUACAGACCGGAGCCGCCUCAGCAACAGUACAGGCCUGAGCCUCAGCCACAGUACAGGCCGCAGCAGUCUGCGCCCGCGCCACCAAAACCCGCAUUGUUCGCCGGCGCGGCCCCCGCCCCAAUCGACCGCGACAGCUUCUUCAACCCCGCUCCGCAGCCGCAACCCCAGCGACCGCAGCCCCAGAGGCAGCCGGACUUCCGACCGGCUCCCCAGUUCCAGUCCUUCACUCCCAAGCCCCAGGUCGAGUACUCCCAAAACUUCGCGCCAGCGCCCGCUGAACCCAGGUAUCAACAGAACCAGUUCCAACAGCCGAGGAGUCAAAGCCAACCCUUCUCCAUGCUGGAUCAGCUCCUAAAAGAAUACGCUUUGCCACAGGGAGGCGCUGCCCCCCUUCACGAUAUCACCUUCGGAUCAUAUUAGGCUAAGAUAAUUUUGUAAAUAAUAGGAAAAGUUUUGUAAAACUAUAAAAAAUGGAAAAUAA